AUGGGGAAGGAAGCUAGUUGUGAAUCAGUGAACAUAGGAUCGACGCAGGUAAUCUCUUACGCAGCGUUUGUGAGAAUCUUUCGGCUGGUGCUCGAAGCCUUCAAGUGCAGGUUCAAACGAGUGAAGGAAGAGCGGAGCACUAUGGGCGUCUGUCUGCCAGGGUCCCCAGCCAUUCGAGUGUUGGUCAACCUCUCCUCCCUACAUGAGGCAGCAAAAGCCAGCCGCUCCGAGACGCACUGCUUCCUGUACCUUUUGAAAGUGCUCCGUCAGCUGAGUAACGACUUCAUCGACUUGACCGCAACUCUUCAAGAAGGGCCUCCACCUCUGGCUCUCCUUCUGGACGUAUCGAGCAUGUCAAGGCUGAGGUACUCAGAUGCUCAGUGCUUUUCCAUAGACUUCGAGGAGGACCUCAAGAAGCCUCCUUCCGCUCUUGUCCUGUGGCAGUUUAGCAAGCACAGCCGCGAGUUGAUGAUGGCUCCUUUGAUUGCAAGCUCGAGGAACGCUUCUGUGACGGAUCUCUGGCUCCGCAAAUCGGUCCUGUCCACGUGGCGGAUACCAGAAGAACCAGCUCUGGCCCUUGCGCUUGUGAAUACGUCCAAAGUCACGAGGCGAAGCUUCACAUACUAUGUUUGCGAGCAGUUUGGUCCAAACGAAAGAGAGGAGUCGAUGAGAAGCUUGGAGGAUAUCGGUUAUGACUUAAGCUGCCUCGUGAACCCCGAGCAUGAGCCCCUUGUUUUGGUAGCCAGGUUUGCAGAUCACCGAGCUCUCUGCAGACUCAUCUUCCCUUCAUUCCUUUCGUUGAUCAGCGAAGCGCUCAGAUGCCUGCCGAUCAACGUCCUGUUCGUUCCAGUCGACCAGAAUCUGAUAAUCGCUACAAACUGCCAGAGCAUACAGGGGUUGUGCACACUCUUCGCUAUUCUGAAAGUCGAAGAAGGAGACUCCGCCCUAGAGUCACCACGGUCCUAUCGGGUUACAACACUGCAAAAUGCACGAGGGCUGGUCGAGGUGGAACCCUACGCUGUCGUUGGGGGCCAAGUCGCUAUCCGCAUUUGGGAGGAGGAUCCGUCUUCCGGCGGAACCGUUCCGGUGGUCAUGAUGCCGAUGCCGACAACGCUAGAGGAAGCGGAAGUCCUCAGCUUUCUGGACGGUUCGCAAAACAUCCCCAUCUUCGACGAGGCAGCGUUCGCGCCGUGGAACGUAUGCUGGACUUGCGGAAAGAUCGAUGAGGAGCUCCAGUCAUGCUCUUCCUGCAAACAAGUUCGCGUCUGCUGGGCUGGAGAGAAAGGCAAUUGCUGCUCGAAACAUAGACGGGAGUGCGAGCUUCGUAGGCAGAUAAUCAAGGAUCCCAACCCCGUGAAACAAAUGUCUUCGAGACAGAAGUCGGAGCUCCUGGAGCUGCUGGCCAACACAGUCAAGGAGAACAUCUACAGCGUCGAUCCGUACAGAAAGAAGUGGCAGUCUGUCAUUGAUCAUGCAGAGGACUAG